ACAGCCAUGUUGAGAUCGCUUCUCUACCUGCCGUUUUCUGAAUUUACGGGCUAGUAGAGAUAGCGUUCAUGAUAUAUUAGUUGAAUUAGUCAAAUUAACUCAUUAUGUCAUAACAUAACAUUAUAUCUUAUACGUUAUGACUCGAGACGUAUUUCGUUUAUUCACGUUUGUAACGCUAGUCACUGUGAUCCAUUAAAGUUUACGCUGUUAACCGACACACUCAACAUGGUAGAAAAACGUAGCCGUUUCUCUAACAUAACCGGCUUUGACCUCCACACACAAUAGUGACGUUAGUCUUUCUUUUGUCAAACUGUGAAACGGACCUUGGACGGGGGAUUUAUUUCUGUUGAAACGCAGAACUAAAUCUGAAAUGGCAUUAAGAAGCGCCGCUCUUCGUCUGCUCUCAAACUCUCAAAGAUGCACCUUGAUCUCUUCAGUAAGACCACAGGGAACUUCCGCCCCUGCUCAGCACGAGGCUGAAAAGGGUAGUGACAAGAAGGUAACCAAAACAGACAAGGUUCAGUUGAACUGGCGGGAUGCCUUGGACCUGGAAGGCCAGUUGACAGAGGAAGAAAUGAUGAUCCGAGAUUCUUUCCGCACCUACUGUCAGAAAAAACUUAUGCCCCGCGUCCUGAUGGCCAACAGACAUGAAGUGUUCCAUCGUGAAAUUGUGUCAGAGAUGGGGGAGUUGGGGGUACUGGGCCCUACCAUUCAGGGCUACGGCUGUGCUGGCACCAGUUACGUGGCCUAUGGCCUGAUCGCCAGGGAGGUGGAGCGGGUGGACAGUGGCUACCGGUCCGUCAUGAGUGUCCAGUCCUCUCUGGUCAUGCACCCUAUCAACGCCUAUGGCACCGAGGAGCAGAAGGAGAAAUACCUGCCUAAACUGGCACGGGGAGAGAUUCUAGGCUGUUUCGGCCUGACAGAACCAAACCAUGGCAGUGACCCGAGCAGCAUGGAGACACGGGCCAAAUACAACCCCUCAGAUCGCACGUUCACCCUCACUGGCUCAAAGACCUGGAUCACCAACUCCCCAGUGGCAGACAUUUGCGUGGUUUGGGCCAAGUGUGAGGACAGCAAGGUGCGGGGCUUCAUCCUGGAGCGCGGCAUGAAGGGCCUCUCCACACCCAAAAUUGAGGGGAAGUUCUCCCUACGGGCGUCUGCCACUGGUAUGAUAGUCAUGGAUGACGUGGACGUGCCCGAGGAGAACCUCCUGCCCAAAGUGUCGGGGCUGGCGGGCCCUUUUGGCUGCCUGAACAAUGCCCGCUACGGCAUUGCCUGGGGAGCGCUGGGUGCUGCUGAGUUCUGCUUCAAUGCGGCACGUCAGUAUACACUGGACAGGAUCCAGUUUGGAGUGCCCCUGGCCAGGAACCAACUGAUACAAAAGAAGAUGGCUGACAUGCUAACAGAGAUCACCAUUGGACUGCAGUCUUGCCUGCAACUCGGCCGACUCAUGGAUGAGAAGAAAGCUGCCCCAGAGAUGAUCUCCAUGCUGAAGAGAAACAGCUGUGGCAAAGCCCUGGACAUUGCCAGGCAGGCGAGAGACAUGCUAGGCGGAAACGGCAUCGCGGAUGAAUACCACAUCAUUCGCCAUGUCAUGAACCUGGAGGCUGUCAACACUUACGAGGGUACCCAUGACAUCCACGCCUUGAUUCUGGGCAGAGCCAUCACAGGACUGCAGUCUUUCACUGUGGGGAAAUAGACCUGCUGAGCACCAAGGCCUGGACUCAGACUUCCAUCUGCUUCUGAAACAAGAGGCUAGACAGCUUUGACACAUUCAGUUUUUCUCAUAUGGAAUAUUUGUGUAUAAUCAAUAUUUUGAAAAAAAUUUGUGUAUUUUUCUGAAUACAAAUAGUAUGAUACUGAGGAAAACUGCUGUGUUCUCCAUCUGAAACAGUCUGAAGAACAAUGAUGAAAAAUGGCAAGAUUUGUCAGUCUUACUGAGGCCAUACAAAUACAUUGGUAAGAACAAUCAAACAACAUUACUUUGUACACUUAUGGAAAAUUUCAAACCCAGGCAAAGUGUAUGGUUAGCAGUUCCCUCCAACUGUAAAUCAGUUUCAUGAGGGCUGAUUAACUUGUGUUUUGUAUGUCCAGCUAAAUAACCUUCGUGGGCCCAUUCUCAAAUGCUUUCAGAAACGGAAACUUCUGGUUACUAACACACAUCGACUUCUAAUAGAAGAGCUACUGAUGCAAAGGCCAGAGAUGCCCUUCGGGGUAAUGUAUUUAUCCCACGCAUUUUAUGCUCAAAUGAUACUGUGUUAAAUAUUUACUGCAAACUUUAAUUGAAUGGGAAAAGUAGUCUUGACACAUUAAAUGUUGCUGUUAAGUCAUUUAAAGUAUAUUUUUGUAAUUGCAGUUUUAGCUUUGAUGCAAGGUAGAACCCACCUUUGGUUUUGGUGAAAAGAAUACUGAAUAUUGUUUGCACUUCAGGAAUCAGUUCCUCUCUAACCACUUGCCUCUGUCAUUAUGGCCUUGCAUGGUUUGGAAGACACUGAUUCUUUCAUAAAUAAAGUCUUUUUGCAGUUUCUCACUA